GAAAACAAAUGGGAUUUUUAAAAGUUAUUUACAAUUUUAAGCUAUUAAUUCCUCGAUUUUAUUGUACAAAAAGCAAGAAUACGAUAAUGAAAUAUCUGAAUGUAGCCGAAAAGAACGAUGCAGCUAAAAAUAUCGCUGCCAUUUUGUCCAGAGGGAAUUCAAAUAGAAGAGAAGGUUUUUCACCGUAUAAUAAAAUAUACGAGUUCAGUGCACAAGUGUUUGGCGAAAACUGCCAAAUGGUCAUGACAUCAGUAUCAGGACAUUUAUUAAAUUAUGAAUUUGUAUCAACGUAUCGUAGCUGGCAAAGUUGUAACCCUGUAGCGUUAUUUGAUGCUCCAGUUGUUAAAAAUUGUUCAAAAGACUAUGAAAAAAUUAAGAGAACUUUAGAGAGAGAAAUACGUUCUUGUCAGGGAUUGAUUAUAUGGACCGAUUGUGACAGAGAAGGAGAGAAUAUAGGAUAUGAAAUAAUCAAAGUUUGCACAGAUAUUAAACCAAACUUAAGGAUAUACAGGGCGAAAUUUUCUGAAAUUACAGCGGCUUCAGUUUUUAGGGCUUUAAAUACCUUAGGACAGCCGAAUAAAAAUAUCAGUGAUGCAGUGGAUGUUCGGCAAGAAUUAGAUUUGCGAACUGGAGCUGCCUUUACUAGACUACAGACUUUGCGACUACGGCAAGUUUUUCCACAGAAACUAGCAGAAAAACUUAUAAGUUACGGUUCUUGUCAGUUUCCUACCUUGGGGUUUGUCGUUGAAAGAUAUCAAGCUAUUGAGGAUUUUAUAGCAGAACCGUUUUGGAAAAUUAAAAUGAUGCACACUUUGAAAGAAUUGACCACAGAAUUUUUAUGGAAAAGGAACAGAUUGUUUGAUAAAAAUGCUUGCGGGGCGAUUUUAGAUCAUUGCAAGGAAACUCCACUGGCAACAGUGGAAAGCGUGGAUAGCAAGCCCAAAAGUAAAUGGAGACCUUUACCACUAGACACUGUAGAAAUGGAAAAAACUAUAUCGAAAAAACUGAAAAUCAAUGCAAAAGACACAAUGAAAAUCGCUGAAAGACUGUAUACGCAGGGUUUUAUAAGUUAUCCUCGUACAGAAACCAAUAUAUUUCCUAAAGAAUUGAACUUGGCAAAUUUGGUGGAACAGCAGCAAAACGAUCCGGCAUGGGGCCCCUUUGCUCGAAGAGUAAUGACAGAUGGGGGGCCCACUCCCAGACAAGGAAAAAAAUCAGAUCAGGCUCAUCCUCCUAUACAUCCAACAAAAUACGCAAACAAUCUAGCAGGCAAUGAGAAGAGGGUUUAUGAAUAUAUAGUGAGACAUUUUUUGGCCUGCGUACAUAAAGAUGCUCAGGGAUUUGAGACCACUGUAAACGUCGAUAUAGCUGGUGAACAAUUCUAUGCCAAAGGACUGAUUAUAUUAGAGAAAAAUUAUUUAGAUGUAUAUAUUUAUGAAAAAUGGUCUGGAAAGGAAAUUAAUAAUUAUGAAGAAGGAGAUACCUUUAACCCUACUGUUUUAGAGUUGUCAGAGGGUUCUACUUCACCUCCAAAACUGCUCACAGAGGCCGACUUGAUAGCGUUGAUGGAAAAGCACGGUAUAGGCACUGAUGCCACGCACGCUGAACACAUUGACACGAUCAAAUCGAGAGAAUAUGUCGGCUUGCAAGAUAUUUACUUUGUUCCUGGUACUUUAGGAAUGGGACUUGUUGAAGGUUAUAAUAAUAUAGGUUUGGAAGUAUCCCUAGCCAAACCGAUACUGAGAGCUGACUUCGAAAAGGACUUAAAAUUAAUCUGUGACGGUUUGAAAGACCCCGAAGUGGUCAGGAGGGAACAGGUAGCGAAAUACAGGGCCGUAUUUCAAACUGUUGCCGAAAAAAUGAGGUUAAUAGAUGAAAGUUUAGCCAACCGUCUCGAUGACGCGCCCCAGGCUGUCCAACAGUUGAACGAUGGUGGAAAUGACGAUUACAGGCCUGCCAUGAAAUGCCCGAAGUGCGGCCAGGACAUGACACUUAGGACUAAAAAAGACGGCUCAGGCAAAUUUAUUAGUUGUACAGGGUAUCCUGGUUGUAAACACGCAAUUUGGUUACCUAGCAUAGUUAAAAAUGUCGAAAUAACCAAUGAAAGCUGUCCAGAAUGCGGACCUGACUACAAACUGUUAAAAUUCACGUUUAGGCCCAACCCUUUUCCUGGAGACCCCAACCCUAAUAAUUUAUGCAUAGGCGGCUGUGAUACGAACGUACUAGAGGUGUUGUCGAUAUCUGUCAACAACGUUGUAAGAGCAAACGGAAGUAACAAUACAACGGUUAUUGGUAAUAACCAAACUGUUUUUAACAACUCAAAUAAUAGGGAUAGGCAACCAACGAUAAAUCCAGCUCCUUCGCAUACUUUUCAUCAAAAUAAUACAGUGAGAAAUACUGCUCAAAAUACUCCUAGAAAUACGUUUUUGAUGGUUCCAACACCAACAGCUCACAACAGUACCAAUACGAACCAGAGGGAUGAUAUAAUGUGUUCCUGUGACCAACAAGCUGUGAUGCUGACUGUCAAGAAAGAUGGACCUAACAAAGGGCGUCAAUUCUACAAGUGCGGCUCUGGAAAUUGUAAUUUCUUCCUGUGGGAUCCGGAUUCCUCGGAAGCCAACCCUGGACCUAGUAACACGACGCAAAAUCAAAGAGGCAAUGGAGAAAUAAGGUGUAAUUGUAACGUAGCAGCCGUAAUGAGGACAGUGAACAAAGAAGGUCCAAAUAAGGGACGGCAGUUUUAUUGUUGUUCGAAGAUUGUGGACAAAUGUAAUUUCUUCAAAUGGGCUGACGAAGAUAACGAUCCAAAUAAUUCAUUUCAUGGUGGUAACGAUGACCAUGGAGGUGGUGGUGGAGGUGACAACCUAAAUUGGAGUUUCAGAGGCAAAACGUCACGGGGUAGAGGCAAGAAAACAACCAACAGAACAACCCCAUAUAACAGAAAUCAGAGUACGGGUACAAGGAAAAGAAAAUGUGGAAAAUGUGCACAAGAAGGUCAUACAAAGCCAAACUGUCCUAACUAGGACCCCAAAAUAUCAGUCUAUGUACAUAUUUAUUUAUUUAAUUCUAACCAUUUAAGUGCCUUAGCCAUAGAUUAGUUCCAAAAAAAGUUUCUCAUUCCCUAA